GCUCGAACGGCAACGGAAACGGAAACGGGGCCGUGAUGUGCAUCGCCGACAGCCGCUCCUUGACGUGUCGCCCGAUUCACCCAGAUGACAACUGCAACUGAUGGAUUGAACAAGUCGUUCCGGAACAUAUAUCAGCAGAGAUGUUGAAAGUGCCAACCAACAGCAAGCAGCGCCUCCCCUGAUACUCAUACCACACAAAAACUCAUCACCUCACACCAUCCAUUCUAUCGAUCAACAUGUCUACCACCGCCAACGAGGCUUCCUCAUCUGAACCGCCAUGCAUCGUCAGGGGAACUCCUGUCCUACACUGCCUCGAUGAAAACACCAAGUACGGCGACUUUAGGGAUGACUUGGCUCGCGACGGAUACGUUGUCGUUAAAGGCGUUCUCCCAAAGGAGAAGUGCGACGCCUAUAUCGACGACAUCCACGACUGGCUCGAGUCCUUUGGGCUCGGCUAUAACCGACACGAUCCCUCCACGGUGAGGGAAGAAUGUCUCCCCAUCAUCCAUCAGAAGGGGCUCAUUCAAGCUUACGGAGCCCCGCACGAGUCCUUCACGUGGGGCGUCCGAAGCGAGCCUGCCGUGAUCGAUACCUUUGCCAAGUUGUUCGGGACCGACGACCUCUUGGUCUCCUUUGACGCUGUGAACGUCUCAUUGGCUAACCGGAAGGAUCAAGGCAAAGUCGGAGUCUGGGCACACCAGGACCAAGAUCCAGAGCGUGGGGGCCUGAGGUGUGUGCAGGGAUUUGUCAACUUGGCACACAGCGGUGACGAUGAUGGUGGUCUAGUCGUCCUCAAGGAGGGACACAAGAUCAGUGAAGAAUACCACAACGCCUUCCGAGAGGAGGACAGGGGUUUCAGGUGGACCAAUGAGAUUUACCAGUUCAAAGAUACUGGUCUAAACUGGCUCAAGGAGCGAGGUUACGAGUGGCUCAAGGUUAAUUGCGAACCUGGUGAUCUCGUGCUCUGGGACUCCCGAACUCCCCACUACAACAAGGCCCCCGCCGGAGAGAACUCGCGAUUCGUCGUCUACACCUGCUAUGCGCCCGUAUGGACGGCAACUCAAGACGAACUCAUUUUAAAGAAACAGUUGUUCGAGAACACCAAAGGCCACAGUCACUGGCCCCAGGCUCUUCAACCUUUCAUCGAAGAGUUUGUCACUCCGAUGCGCAACGGCCAGCCCGACCCUCUCAAUAAGUGGAAGCCUCGAAAGCCGCCCGUUCUGAGUGAGCGUGGAUAUAAAUUGACCGGUAUUCCGUAUAUCAAGGCCAGCGCCUGAGAGACAGGGCCCUAUUCUAUGUACCCACCGUCAUGUAUAGUGGUCGAUGUAUGAGCAUUGUAUUACAUGAUCAGAUAUUUCAACGACUUGCCCAACUUUUA